AUCUUGGCAGUGUUUUGGCCCCUCAUCGAGGCUACUCUCACUUGAAAAUGACUUCUAAUUUGAUAUCACCAAGUUGCUAGACUGAAUUCAUGAUUGAUUUCUUUAGACACUAGAGACAGUUACAAUCCUCCAAAGAACAUCCUGCUUUGCUGCAGCAAAGUUCUCUUCUCCGCUCACAGGAGCCUGGUUUAUUUUCCUUUUCCUAAAGUUGAAACACCUUUAGAUUUUUGCUGAAUUUGUUAUAGCACAUUCAACGAGGACGAUGCCACGAUCUACCUCCCGAUCUAGCAUCGGGGCACCGCAGCAUAGUAACGGUACUAGCAGCGAUAACCUCGUCCACAUGAACAAGUACACUCAUAAUAUGAAAGACGAAGACGACGACGACGACUCUUCUAUUCCCCUCGCUGUGCAGAUUUUGAUCGAGAAGGAAGCGAAACAGCACUACCUGCAGAAGCACGCGAACACAGUGCAGCAGUUUGAAGAGGACCACGAGGACGGAUCUUUAGCGCUGCAACUCCUCGCCCAGCGGUAUCCCAGUGGGUACGACAAUGGUGAUAGGGUAUCAACAAACGAUUACAGCCACCGAGCAACGAAAGCCACAUCGCUGGCGUAUUCGCCUCUUUCUAGUAGCCCGGCUGAGUCCACUAACCCCAGCCGAAAAACGUCAAAGGCGUCGAAUCGAGGGGGUGGGUCAAUUGCUGUAUCCCGUGUGAAUAAAAUGACGUCCUCCCCAGUACGUAGAAAGACCCCAGAGUCAAGAGGGGAAUUUAUUGGCUGGACAAUUUAUUUAGCAAGUUUUGUCUGUAGAUGCGCUUUUUGCGCAUGAUAAGCUCGGUUUCGUAGUGUAAAAAUCAUGUUUAUUAGCCUUGUGAAACCGCAUCGCAGAUCGAGCAUCUUAUACUGGUUUUUUCAGCACAGCAUAACAAACUGCCAGACAGCAUAGAGAAGAUGGCCCUCAUGGUGUUGGGGCUACUUCUACGCGUGAGAAACAUUUUAGGCUUGCAGCUUUGCAUGACAAAAAGUCGUCUCGGGCCGUUUGGACAGGGUGGGCAAAGUGUGUCGCAUUUCUGCUUAGCAUGACAAGUCUGGGACCACGUUUUUACACAGGAUACUCAACAAGCUCCAACGGGGCGCAAAGGAGGAGCAGCAAUCCGGCAGAAGCAUUGUUUUUACACCAAAUGUCUCAGGAUGAUGAGCACCCGGUCACAGUUCCAGAGAUGAUCGAUGAAGAAGAAACUGCAUCACUCGUCCCAUUCUCAACACCCUCCGUCCAGAAAAAUCCCUCCUUCGCGCAACUAGAGGCCGGUCGGACCCAGUCAAAGCGAACGAGCCAGGUUCCUAGCCGAGCCACUUCGGGCGUCUCCACGGACGGCAAGAUGAACUACGGGGCCGUCGUGUAUAAUGCGCAACAUCAAGAUCGCGGUGGUUUUGUCGACCCGCGGAGCCACAUGGUGGAAGAAGUGAGGAGAAGCCGGGUGUCGGGGAAUCAGCACCUGCUUUCCGUGCAGGAAAAAAUCGAAAAAUUUGAGGGCUACAAAGCUGCUGGAAUCGACUACAAUAGCAAAGGAACAACAUCAGGUGGGGGCAAGGGCAAGGGGAAGAAAGGAAAGCGGAAUGACUCUAGUACCAACAUGAGUAACUACUACAGCACUUCUUUUGUCCCACUGCAGGCACCCGAAGGUGAAGCGGCAGGAGGAACUUCUAACCAGCCUGUGGUGCAGGAAGGAAGUAGACGGAGUGCUGCUGCAGUUGCAAAUGCAAAUGCAAAUGCAAAUGCAAAUGCAAACCAAGCUGCUACUUCUAAUAUUCCCACGAGGCAAAACCGCCGGCCACGGGGAGUACUAGAGCAGCAGCAACAGCAGCAGCAGCAGCAGGGGGCGCAGACUCCUGUUGUUGUCCUCACUGGUGGUUCUACUGCAGCUCCUGGUCCUGAAGCUGAAAACACCAAUAAUCCAAAGCCGAAGCCAGACACGAGAAAAAAACGGAAAUCCAUUAACGGAGACCAGCCACAGAGCACGAAUCGUUUUGGUAUUUCAACCGGCUACAAGGCAAUCAAGAAGAACCGGAAAUACGUGUGGGUCCCGCAUAAAGACCUGGUCUACACGGUGGGGUACAGAGCCUCCACCGGGUCCGUGCAAAGCAACGAGCCGCAGUUCGAUGACUUCUUAACCAGUAUUCUGAGUAAAAACGUCCCCACCCCAGAGUCAAGAUGGGGAAUCGGCUAGACAAAUCCACAAGUUUUGGCUGUUUCGCAUGACAAAUUUGAACUCGUACUGUAUAUACUGUUUGAGGUAGUUCAGCAGCAUCGCAGAGCUAGUGCAUCGUGCUGAUUGUGAUUAGAGCAUGACAAAUUCCAAAACACGACUAGACAAUGCUUCUCUUUGGGCUCCGCAUGAGAAACAUUUUCAGCAUGCAGAUUUGCAUGACAACGCUGGGGCGGGGACGUUUUUGCAAAUGAUAACCAGCCCGACGGACCAGUUGACCGUCGGCGCACUUCACGAAGGUCCGAAAACUGGCUUCACGCAGUUCGUCGCGCUGGGGGUGGAAGUGGCUGGUGCUUUAUGCAUUGCAAAUAUGUCUGGGUCUGGAAAAAUGUCAGGUUUGUCAUGCUCUGCUAGCAUGACUGUCAAGUCUGUCAUGCAAGGUACCCAAAGCCGCCACUUUUGUGUCAUUCAAAAACCUAGUUUCUCAUGCAGAAUAGGCAACACCUAUCGACUUAAAAACCUGUCAUGCUGAGUGGUCAUUUCUGGCGUUCUCUUGCUUCGCCAACCAGCCUGACAAGUUUCCAGACCACCCAGAUAUAUUUGCAUUUGAUAUGCUUCGGGAAACAACAAUAAAACGGGUGCAGUAGUAGACCAGGAUUCAUCUUCUGCGCUGAAAGAUGCGGGCAGUAGCAGGGAAUUGGUCGACAUUCCCGAUCGAGAGGUCGCAAAGCUCCAACCUGUUGUACUCGAGGACCAACUGGCCGAAGUAAAGGACGUUUCCAAACUAGCGACGGUAAGUGAGGCAGCGGUGUUGGAAACGGUCCGGGCAAGAUUUUACUCCUUCAAUUUCUCCCCGAAAACAAGCGAUAUGUACAAGAUUUACACACAGGCGGGGGACAAUGUGCUGAUCUCCAUGAACCCGUAUAAAGCAAUGCUCUUGGAGAACGCGAAUAGCAAUGAACUGGGGAAAUCGGAGUUGGAAAAGAGGAAAUCAACAUCCGCUGCUCCUUCCGGUAGCUUGUACGGGGAAGACGUAAUCUGGCGUGAGUACCCGCCGACGGCGUUGGAAGGUACGAAAGACAACGAGCAGCAAGGCGGAGCCACAGAAAUUUCAAACACGAAGCAGAACAAGAAACUCCCGAUGCUGCCUAUCCUGUGCAAAAAUGUCUCGGUCUGGGAGACUCCGAGAUUUGUCAUGCACUUUUUCCAAGCUCUCCCACGUCUGGAGGGCAGGGCCUAGCAUCACAGCUUCUGCAGCUCCUUGGUGAUGCGUAUUCAGCAUGAGAAAUGCCCUCUCAGCAUGGCCAGAAGUGGGCACCUUUUGCACGUUUAUGCAUCACAGAUUCUUGUAGGAUCCGAAACACGCAUCACAAGUUCGGACUCUUCCAGAUCCAGACAUUUGCAUUUGAUACUGCCGCACUGCUACAAGUCCGCACGCGACGCGUACAUGGGGUUGUAUACGAACAAAAACCAAGCUAUGGGAGUGUCAGGAUCGAAAUCGACAAAGUCGAAAAAUUUGUGAUGCACAAAAUCGAUGCCAGUUAGACCCACAAUUUGUAGUCGGCGCAUGACAAAUUUCAUCCCUUGUUCUGGAAGCGAAUCUGUCAUGCGGUUUAGGGCAAAAGAGCUCUCCUUUGUCAUGCUAGUGACCAGCCCAAUAAUUCUUGAUCCUUAGCAGGACUACAAUCUGCUUCCCUUGCGUCCUCUGCAAUAGAGUCACUUCUUGUGUCGCAUUUUCUGCAUGACAGAUUAUUUCGACUUUGAUGCCGAUUUCGAUCCUGACGCUUCCAUACAAGCACUCCUCAUUUCCGGCGAAUCUGGCGCGGGGAAAACCGAAUGCACCAAACUCGUGUUGAAAUAUUUUGCCACCGUGUCCUGCGACGUGGUUUUGAAGUCGCAGUCAUCCUUAUCCUCCUUAACCAGCCAGCAGGCCCCGUUCGCUUCGUUCAGCAAAGCGCGGGCGGACCAAAUAGAGCUGCAAAACAGCAGUAUUGAUAUUGAGGAAAAGAUCUUAUCUUCCAACCCGAUUUUGGAAGCUUUCGGAAACUGCAAAACGGUGAGGAACAACAACAGCUCGCGGUUCGGCAAGUGGAUCGAGCUGAGUUUUGUCAACCAGGCGAUCAUCGCGGGCUCCAACAGCAUCCGCGCCGCGCAGUUUUUCGAGAAGCGGUUGCAUUCUGCGACGAUCCAGGAGUAUUUACUCGAAACAACCAGAUUAAGCUCCGAGGGCCCGCCGGCGAACGAGCGGUCGUUUCAUGUCUUUUACGAGCUUAUCAAGUGCAAGUAUGUCUGGGUCUGGAUGAUAGCGAGAUUUGUCAUGCAGUUUCUCCAAGCUGCACAAGGUCGGGAAUGCGGGGCCUGGCAUCACAAGGCCUCUGGAGCGCCUUGGUGAUGGUUAUUCUGCAUGAGAAACUCUUCUCCCCCAGAGCAGAAGGGCAGUAAGUGGGCCACAUCUUUUGCAAGUCAUGCAACACUGAUUUUAGUUUGAACCCCAACACGCAUGACAAGUUCACUGUUUUCCUUUUCCAGACCCAGACACAUUUGCAAUCCAUACAGCUGUGCCGCGUGCGGGGAGAGGACGUUAGUUCGUUUGAUUUACUGACCGCAAGCAGCGCGGCCAGCAGUCGGGAUAGCAACACGAACAAAAUCUUACAGGGUAUCGGGCUGCAGACAAGGCAGGCGACUUUUCAAAACAUAUGGAUUGCAAAAGUGUCUACUGGGUCUGGAAGAAUGCAGCUUGUGAUGCUGCAUUUGGAUUCCAAAAAAAUCUGUAUUGCAUGAGUAGCAAAGGGAAUGCAAUUUUUGCUACGCUGAGAAGGCAUUUGUCAUGCGGAAUAGGCAUCAAGAAGCCCUCAAAAGUUCUGUAUUGCUAGGGUAUGCAUCACGGACAUCAUGGCUCAUGCAAACCGUGCAUGACAAGUCUCAGAAUCUUCCAGACCCAGACAUUUUUGCAUUUGAUAAAACAACGCAGCAAGCAACGCGAGCCAGAGUUUUCGCGACGACGUGAAGGAACACCAGGUUUUGAAACAGGCUUUUGAGAAGCUGAACGUGUCGAAGAAGCUGCAAAAGGAAAUAUUCGACUUCACUUUCGCCUUACUGCAAUUGUCCAACGUGAUAUGCAAGAAAAAAACUGUGUAAGUGUAAGUCUGUAAUGCAAAGCAUGCCAUACUACAGUUAGACUUGUCAUGCUGGCCGCCCAUAAUGCCCUCUUUCAUACAUGUUUUCACUUGCUAACUGUGCAUGACAGGAUUUAUGCAGAACAAAUUUCUCAUGCUAUCACCCAAAGACACCUACACUAUCACAAUUUUUUUCUUGGAUACGUGAACUUCGUCUCGCUAGAGCAGGAAAAUAGAAACAGCACGACGGACCACGCUGGGCAGCAAAAGAAGAAAAAGUCCACCACCUUGGCUCCGCCGAGCCCGAGCCAGCAGUCGGGGUGUAAACUGUCGGUGAAGUCGAAGCGCGGCUGUUUCGAGGAGGUGUUGAAGCUGCUCAACGUGGCGAAUAAUGAGUUGUUCGAAAGAGCUUUGACCAGCCGGAGGAUCUACGUGCGGAAUAACGAGACUACCAUACCGUUCACCGCGGAAAAAGCGAGGCAAAGCCGGGACGCGCUGGUGCGGGUUUGGUACAAGGAGCUGUUUCGGUUUCUGGUGCAGUUAAUGAGCGACAACAUGCAGGUGGAUGGUGAUAGCACAACUUCUCCAGUAAAAGGUGAUCCGAAAUCAAACAAGAUCGGCAUCCUGGAUAUUGCGGGGUUUGAGUCCUUUGACCAAAACGGGCUGGAGCAGUUAUCAAAAGGAAAAAUCUUGCCUCCCCAUAUCGAAACGAAGUGUCUGAUGCUGGAUUUCAGUACACAAUAAAUCAGAUUUGUCUUGCAGUAGAGGACCACUGCAGGCAUAUGCCAAGCCUGAGCCGAGAGGUUUUGGCGUCGGCCCCCGGCAUAAAAAAUGUCGACGGUGUAGGCCCAACAGCAUCACAAACCGCCUCAAUACUGCGUUGGACUCUCUCAAUGUGCUUUCUCGCAAGACAGACAGGAUUUGUGGCCACAAAUCUGCAUGACAGAUCUUUAGAGAGAUGCGCUUCCAAUAUGGGGAGGGGGAAUUUUUCCUCACAAUAGCAGUUGCUUUUCAACCUGUCCAACGAGGCGCUGCAGCAGCAUUUCAGUUAUCAAAUGCAAAUACGUCUGGGUCCUCUGGAAGAAUGCAACUUGUGAUGCUGCAUCUGCAUUCUGCAAAAAUCUGUAUUGCAUGAACAGCAAAACCAAAAGACAUCCAGUUUUUGCCACGGCGAGAGGGCAACAUUUCUCAUACGGUAUAGGCAUCAGGAAUCCCACACAAAAUCUGUGAUGCUAGGGCAUGCGUCACAGAUCGAUCAGGAGUCAUGCAAAAUGUGCACGACAAACCUUGCAUCCUUCCAGACUUCCAGGGAUAUUUGCAUUUGAUAUCAGUUUCAUCAUUUUCAAACUGGAACUGGAUGACUACAGGCAACAGGGAAUAAAAGCCACCGAGGAAAUGACGCAGUCGUGGAAAAAGAUCGACAACGCGGACGUCCUGCAACUCCUUUGGGCGCCGCAGUACUCCGUUCUGGGCUUUCUAAACGAGGAGACGUUAGUCCCGAGACCGGCGACCGCACACUACGUCAAUGUGAUGGGGGAUUAUUUUGCGGAGGGAAAAAACAUGAGCCGCUUAGUGCACCCGAAAUAUUUGAAGGACCGGUUUGGGGCGAAGCAAUUCCGGUUUUCGAUCCUCCAUUACGCCGGGGUCAUCACGUAUGAUGCGACGGGCUGGAUGGAAAAGAAUGUGGAUACAUACCCGAAGGAGGCCGCGCUGUUGGUUGAGCAAUCGGGGUAUCAAGUGUAAAAAUGUCUGGGUCUGGAAGAAUGCGCGAUUUGUCAUGCUUCUCUGGCAUGACUCUUAAACCUGUCAUGCAGGUUACCCAAGAGCCCCAAUUUCCUGUCAUGCAAAAACGCAGUUUGUCAUGCAGAAUAGGCAACACCUAGAAGCUCAGAAACUUGUCAUGUUGAGCCAGCACUUAUGGCUUCCUCAUGAUACGCCACCCAGCAUCACAAGUUUCCAGACCCAGACAUUUUUACAUUUGAUACGGGGCUGGAUUUGUUGAAAAAAAAGCUGUGUCCAGCUUUGUACGCAAAGACGGAACAGGACCGCACGACGGGCACAGGAGACAACAACUCUGCGGAUUUGUCCAACAAGGCUGCACGCAAAAUCGUGUUAAAGCCGGUCGCGAAGAAGUUCGUCGAGGAGUUACAGCACCUGCUGAACACAAAGAUAUGCAAGCACAACCCGCACUUCAUCCGGUGCAUCAAGCCCAAUGAUUUGAAGAAGCCGAAUCUGUUCAACUCGCGGCUGGUCUUCGAACAAUUAUUGAACACCGGGGUCAUUGUAUCAUAAGAAAAAACUGUUUCACUGUAAGUAUGUUGCAAGUUUUGCAUUACAAGUUCGCUACACAUUACAAAGAAACCUUGCCAUGCAAGGAUCCCAAGGGAAAACACCGCUAAAAAUCACUUGUCUUGCAUGUGUAGCAAGACAAACACUUCAGUGAUGCAUUUUCUGCAUCACAAGUUCACAGUGAAACAGUUUUUUCUUGCGAUACAUUGAGUGUAUCAAGAUUCGCCAACUCGGGUACCCGAUAUCGUAAGGAAAAAUUCUCCCUCACCAUAUCGAGAAGGCAUCCUUUUGAAAAUUUGUUAUGCUGAUUUGUGGUUACAAAUCAGGUCUGUCUUGCAAGAGAGCAAGGCCAGAGCUUGCGCCGCUUUAAUACGCAGACGAUUUGCAAUGCUGCUGCGCCAACGGGGCAGACGUCUGCCAUGCUGAGCGCCCACCUCUAGCCAGACCCUUCCAGGCUCUUGAUCUGCCUGCAGUCCUCUACUGCAAGACAGCGCUGAUUUGUGUACACAAAUCCCGCAACACAGAUUGCCAUUUUGAUAUGGGGAGGGGGGAUUUUUCAUUUCGAUACCCCAACCGCUUUGACUACGUUGCCUUCUACGCGAAGUACAAGUCCAUCCUGUGCAGCAAGUAUUCGAAACUGCGAAAGCAGCUGGACAAGUGGAUGCGGCAGGCGCGAAAGCAAGCACUGGCGGCUGUUCCGAACGACAAACAGGCCGCGGCGAUGAAGCCAAAAACCGCGUUGGAGCAGGCGAGACACUCGGCCGCGCAAGCCGAAGCGGCGCAGAUGCUCGGGUCCAAGAUUCCGGAGACGGUGCAAGCCGUGGUGAAGCAGCUGCUGCGCGAAAUUUUCAUCGGCGGGUCGAAAGUAAACCCGUUUUCGACCUAUUCCUGCGCGUUUACACGUUCGAACAAAAACAACAAAAAGGGAGAGGAAUUUCUGGAGGCCAACUUCCAGUACGGGAAGACGAAAUUGUUUGUUCGAAACGAAGGCGUUUUCAUCCUGGAGCAGUUGUUGGAUUACGCCAUGAAGAUUCUCCGGAUCCAGUCCUGGUGGCGCAUGUGCUUGGUCAAGAGGAAGUACAAGGCCUUUCUCGCGGCGCUGCAGCCGAUCAAGUCAAAAAUAUACUCGGAGUUCAAGCUGACCGCCGAUGAGAUGCGGGCGAAAGACUUCAAGUUUCUAUCAAAUGUAAAAAUGUCUGGGUCUGGAAGAAUGCAACUUGUCAUGCUGGUUGUGCAUUCUAAAAAAAUCUGUAUUGCAUGAGCAGCAAAGAGAGUCCAAGUUUUGCUACACGGAAAGAGCAUUUGUCAUGCGGUAUAGGCAUCAGGAAGCCCGCACAAAAUCUGUGAUGCUACGGCAUGCAUCACAGACAUCAGGAGUCAUGCAAAAUGUGCAUGACAAACCUGGCAAUCUUCCAGACCCAGACAUUUUUACAUUUGAUAGUUUCGGGACUACUAUAAGAAGAUAAUCGACUUUCAGAACCGAGGCGUUAGCAUCAACUUGCUGGACGUGAUGAAAGCAGAGCGGGAUUUGCUCGCGGAGCUGAUCUAUUCAGAGCAAAAGUAUCGUACUCGUAUGUCAGCAUGAGAAACAAAAUUUGUAAUGCUGAUCUACCUUAAGAAAAAGAUUUGUAAUGCAUGAUCGCAAUACGAGUGCGAUGCUUUUGCAGUGCAUAUGAUCCGAAACGCACGGGCGAAGUUCGGCGAGUUGGUGGGUAUCAGCAAGGAGGAAGCGGUAUCAAGUGCAAUUAUGUCCUCUGGGUCGGGAAGGAUGCGAGCUUGUCAUGCGUGUUGCGAAUCAUACAAAAAUCUGUGUUGCGUGACUUGCAAAAGCUACCCACUUCCGGCCAUGCUGAGAGGGUAUAAUUUCUCAUGCAGAAAAGGCACUACCAAGGCGCGUCGCUACCUGUGAUGCUAGGCCCUGCAUUCCAGACCUGGCGGAGCUUGGAAAAACUGCGUGACAAGUCUCAGAAGCUUCCAGACCCAGACAUAUUUGCAUUUGAUAAGCGGCAAAACGCAAACAGUUCUACAUCGACGAACUAGAGAAGAUCAAAAAGCGACUCGAAGAAGAAGUAUGAGAGUGCACAACUCCCCCUCCCCCUCAUUUGUACAACUGCAUGAGCAGCAACAGAGGCAAUGCCACAAAUGUAGCUUUUGCAUGACAAAUCCGCCGGACAUGGUGUGUAGUCCUCCUGUAGUUUGGGUGUCCAACACUUGUCAUGCGCAGCUGCCUUGAAUGCAAGAGGUGGACCACUCGGUAGUGUGCAUGACAAAUGAGUACAGAGGGGUGGUCCUGUGCACUCUCAUAAGAAAUCGAGCUCAUCGAGAAGCUGGGUGAAAACGCAGCGGACAUGCUCCUGACCACCGACGCGGAAAAGCUCCGGGCAUACAUCAAAGAGGUAGAAAAUGUCCUUAAAGACAAGGCCCUCUUGGAGAAGUUGAAAGACCGGCUAAGGCGCCUGGACGAACAAGAGUGGAUCGUGCGAGAGGCGAAGCGGCUGAGCCUGUUGCAGAAAAAACCGCCGGUUUAUCCAGCCGAAGAGGCGAAGUAUCACAGACUGAAAGACGGCAUCAUGAUAUCCAGGAAAAAUAAAACUGUGUAAGUGUAACUUUGUAGGAAGAUCAGCAUCACAUUCACACAUUCGUUUUGCAUUUUUACAGGGAAAAUAACCUGUCACGUGCUUGUGCAGCUGGUACGUGGAAACACCUAUGAAAAAAGCCCCCUAAACCUAUGACGCACCUCUAGCAUGAGAAGUGUAACAGUUAUAGCAUUUCCUGCGUCACAGACUUACACAGUUUUUUUCUUGCAUACAGGAAACUCGGACUACACAAACAUCCAGACCGGUGGAUCAAAAUCUCCGCGGAAAUGGGCAUGGUGGUGUUCCACCAUUUCGAGAAAAUUCACCUCGAAAUCCGUCUGUUCCCCAUGUUCAAGACCCUCGUUAUGGCGCUCUCAAAUGUUACAUUUUCACAUGAUUUGCCAUGCAAAAUUCCAAUCAGAAUCGACGCGACCAAGCUGCUUCGCAUGACAAAUUCCCGAAGGGACAAACAGGAGAAGAAUCUGUGCCAAUUCUGUCAUGCAAAAGGCGCAAUCUUCCCCCUUUCAGUUUUGCCAUUCUUGCAUCACACAGUUGAGAGUGUGACAGUUGAGAGCGCCAUACUCGUUUCUGUCGAAAAAGCAGCGGUGGUGUACGAGAAAGAGUCCCUGGGCGAGCCGAUUUCCACCUUCCGCCAGAGUGACGCCACGGAUUUUGGCGACGAAGUUGACGACAAAAACCGAAGACCCUCUGCCGCAGCGAAUUCCGGCUUCAGCAUCCUGAAUUCCGGCACGACGCGGAGGAAUUCUGUGUCUUCUUCCGCCGCCACAACGCACACCGGUGCGUUAUGGAUUGCAAAUAUGUCUGGAUCUGGAAGCUUGUGAUGCAAGUCCGUGAAUAGUGAGCGCACUGCAGUAAGAGAGCAAGCAUGACAAGUUUUUGACCCCCAGUGUGUUGCGUACUUAUUCUGCAUGGCAGGCUCCAUUUUUGCAUGACAGGCAAGAGGAUCUUUUCGCGCCUAAGCAUCACAGAGUUAACAGUCAUGCCAGACAAGCAUGACUGGUCAUGCCUUCUUCCAGACCCAGACAUAUUUGCAAUGCAUAGGCGUUGGGCGAUAACGAAACCGAAGUGAGCGACUACACGACGUCUCCUGGUGGUGUCGCAGGGACGAGAGCGGGGGGCGCGUAUCAAAGUGAAAAAAGCCCCCACCCCAUAUCGGAAACGGAAGAUGCGCGAAUUUGUGAUCAUGCUGUAUUUGAGUACACAAAUCGACUUGUAUUGCUAGAAGGCCAAGAGACGAAGCUGCGGCCUAAAUUGCAGGCAGUCUGUCAUGCUGUUUCCCACUUCCAGCUGCCUCCUGUCAUCCUGGAGCUGCAAGGCUUUCUCACGCUAGGCAGCACUACAGUCCGCAUCUUUUGCCUUCUAGCAUCACAAAGCUGAUUUGUGACCACAAAUCUGCAUCACAGAUUUCCGUUUUGAUAUGGGGAGGGGGCAUUUUUCAUUGUAAUAGCGCGUCUUCUUUUGGCACCACGCCCUCGAGCUACCACUCCGCCCCGGCAAGCCGGAUCGAGGAAGAGAACUUGAUUUCGCAGCAGGCGACCAUGACGGAGGCCAUGCAUUCCCUGGCGACCGAGUACCAACUGAAGCUCGAGUCGCGGUACCCCUCUAGCGACCGGGGGAGCCGCAUGGAAUUCGAGCAGAACUUUAACACGUUGAUCAAACCGCUGGCUGAUAGCCGGUUUUCCCUUAACGCUUCCCGCGCAGCGGCGCAUCACAAGUCCAGCCAGAUAUCAAAUGUAAAAAUGUCUGGGUCUGGAAGAUUCUGACACUUGUCAUGCACGUUUUGCAUGAGCCCUGAUGUCUGUGAUGCAUGCCCUAGCGUCACAGAUUUUUUGAGAGCUUCUUGAUGCCUAUUCCGCAUGACAAAUUCCCUCUCCGCGUAGCAAAAAUUGCAUUCCCUUUGCUGCUCAUGCAAUACAGUUUUUUUUGGAAUCCAAAUUCAGCAUCACAAGUUGCAUUCUUCCAGACCCAGACAUUUUUACUUUUGAUACCAGACCUUCUACGAUGAUUCGCUCACUGCGAUGCACUAUCAAAUGUAAAAAUGUCUGGGUCUGGAAGAGUCGUACUGUUUUUGCAUGACACAGAAGGUCUGGCAUGGAAGCUCUGGCAUCACAGGUUUCGAGAACCUUCCGCAAUGCCGAAUCCGCAUGACAAGUCCCCUAUUUUGCUGACAAAAAGUGGGAGCUUUUGCUACGUGUGCAUGAGAGACUUUAUUUCUGUGUUCUGAAAUACGCAUUGCAAGUUGCCUUCUUCCAGACAUCCAGGGAUUUUUGCAUUUGAUAUGCACCACGGCUGCAUGAUGCACUUUGUGAUCAACGAGAACGCGGUAUCCUGUGUAAAAACGUCCCCAAUCCAGACCUGUCAUGCAAAUCUGCAUGCUCAAAAUGUUUGUCAUGCGGACGAGCCCCAUGAGCAACAUUUUCUGGUCGUGUUUUGGAAUUUGUAAUGCGCCAAUCAGCAUCUCAUACUGGAUCUGUGAUGCUGCUGAACUACCUCAAACAGUACUACACUGCGAGUCCAAAUUUGUCAUGCAAAACAGCCAAAACUUGUGGACUUGUCUAGCCGAUUCCCCAUCUUGACUAUAGGGUGGGGACGUUUUUACAUAGGAUACGCGGCGAGGCAGUCCUUGGUCCUGCUGGAGCAGGAGAAGGACCGGCUGGCCGAACAGGAGCGCCAGCGACGCGAAGACCUGGAAGCAGAGGAGCGGCGGAAAUAUCGCAAGAAAAAACUGUAGUUGCACUGUGAACUUGUGAUGCAGAAAAUGGAACGCAAAACCACUUGUCUCUUGCUACUCCUGCAUAGAGCAUUGGAGUUUCAGCCGUGUUUUCCCCUCUGGGAAAUGCGCGCAUGACAAAUUUUCAGUGUCAGGUGUAAGUAACAGACUUGUUAUGCAGAUUUUGCAAAGUCACCACAGGCACAGUGAAACAGUUGUUUGCUGGGAUAGGAAACGGCUUCAGGAGAAUGACCAGCAUCAAUUCGUGGGGGACCUGGACAACCAGCUGAAUACCAAGGAUUUUGUAAAGUUGAAGGAUUUAUGCAUUGCAUUUAAUAUGCCUGGGUCUGGAAGAUUCAAUCUGUAAUGCUGAACAUUAAAACAUUUUCUCAAGCGUAGUGCGCAGUACAUCAAACUGCAACUUUGCACAUGACGAAAGUAUGGCGCUUCUAGUGCUUAUGCAAUACAGUUCUUUAUUCAGGAAUGCAAAUGCGAAACACGCAAUACAGGUUCAACAUUUAUUCCAGACUCAGACAUGUUUGCAAUGCAUAGGACUCCAUUAUCGACACGGAGACCGAAUCGGAGAAGAAAAAACGCCGCACCGAAGAGAAAAGCAAGAGGGGCUGCUGUGCCUGCUGCUAG